CCUUGCACUACGCUAUAAACAAAGCAAGGCUGUUGUCAGUGCAACCAUUUAUGCUUUUUGAAAAGAAGUUUAAAAAAAAGUUGUUGUGGACUUUUUUUUCGGGAGUGCUCAUCUCAGGACAAUCAGAAAUUAAACCCACAGGCUCUGCAGCUCUUUGAAAUGGAUGACAUCCAGGUCGUUGAGUCCAAACCCCUGCUGGUUGACAGGGAACUGCCGGGCUUGAGAGAGGCUGUGCAGCAGCUCGUUAUCAAGGAGCAUGAUGUGGAGACUCCUCAUGGAAGAAUCCACUGUACGAUGAAGGGGAUUCCCAAGGGUGACAGACCAGUCAUCCUCUCCUUCCACGACAUUGGACUUAACCACAAAACCUGCUGGGACACGCUCUUCAACCAUGAGGACAUGUCAGAGAUCAUGCAGCACUUUGCCGUGUGUCACGUCGAUGCGCCAGGGCAGCAUGAGGGAGCCAACACCUUUUCCACUGGUUAUGAGUACCCCUCUAUGGACCAACUCUCUGAGACCCUCCCACUGGUGUUGAAGCACUUUGGGCUGAAGAGUGUUAUUGGAAUGGGCAUUGGAGCCGGGGCCUACAUUCUGACUAGAUUCGCUCUUGACUACCCAAACAUGGUGGAGGGCCUGUUGCUCAUCAACAUCAACCCAUGUGCUGAGGGCUGGAUGGACUGGGCUGCACACAAGAUCAGCGGCUGGACCCACGCCAUGCCUGACAUGAUUAUCACCCAUCUCUUUGGAAAGGAGGAGAUCCACCACAACCAGGACCUUAUUGCCACAUACCGUCACCAUGUCUUAAACGACAUGAACCAGUUUAACCUGCAUCUCUUUGUCAAGUCCUACGAAAGUCGGAGGGAUCUGGAAAUCGAGAGGCCGGUCCCUGGAAGCAACGUCAGAACCCUCAAGUGCCCUUCUCUGCUGGUGGUUGGAGACAGCUCUCCUGCUGUCGAGGCUGUGGUUGAGUGCAACACCAAGCUGGACCCAACAAAAACAACCCUGCUUAAGAUGGCUGACUGCGGAGGCAUGCCCCAGGUUGAUCAGCCUGGCAAACUGACAGAAGCUUUCAAGUACUUCAUCCAGGGCAUGGGAUACAUGCCCUCUGCCAGCAUGACCCGGCUGGUCCGCUCCCGUACUGCCUCCGGCUCCAGCGUCACCUCCUUCGAGGGCAACCGCUCCCGCUCUCACACCAGUGAGGGAAACCGCUCCCGCUCGCACACCAACGAGGGCAACCGCAGCCGCAGCCACACGGUUGAGAACCAGCGCGGACGCUCCCACACAGACGGCGCAAUGGACAACAGCAACGUGGACCAAGCUGUGCCCAAGUCUGCCGAAGUGUCCUGCUAAGUGAACCUCCACUCUCCAGACACCCAGACCUCGCAAGGUCCCUUGGGUUUGUGCUGCGCUGCCUCUAACUGCAAACUGACACACAGACACAGACACAGACACAGACACACACACACACACAUUUCUAUGCACAUACACACCGAUGUGAAGAGGGACACUGAGAUAGAAUACCUGGAUAUAUAAAACGCACAAUGGACACUUGACUAUUCAGUGCAGCUGAGAUGCCCCAAAUUUUAAAAAAUGGUUUCUUUGGAGUAUGAGGUCAAAGGUUAACUGUAUGUCUGUUCUGUCAUACCUGAGGGACUCAAACAUAUGUGAACAGUAAAUGCUUCUGAGCUCCUUGGUCAGGUGAGUGUGUAGUUAGGGACAACGCAGCAUCUGGGGACACCGAAGCAGAGAAUGUCGGAGAAAGCUGUGGCCGCGAGUACACCAGCUUGUACAUGUAUCUAUCAUAAUCUUUCAUGCAUAUAAAAAAAUGUUUUAAUUUCCAUGUCUGCAUUCCUCCCAUCCUGUUUUUAUCUAUUUUUAUCAUAUUGACACAGCUUUCUCAAAUAUACCUGACUGUAAAUGACUGUUUUCUGUUCUCACUGUAAUUGUUUGAUCAUUUAUUCUUUAUUUUCCAUGUCCGAAGUGUUGUUGUUUGUAUGUAGGAGCAGAUUUGUAGAUUUGGAGAGAAAAUGAGGAGGCACUUGGGUAAAUAAAAACGGCAGUUUGCCUCAUAAAUUUCUACCUAACAUUGAAAUUAAGGGACGUACUUGGAGUAUAUCAUGUAUAUACAGCAAAUAAUAUUGUUUCAUCUUGCCAGUGUCCAUCAUCUGUUGUUUUAACAAACUUCUACAUCUUAUACAUCUGGUCACUGGUGAAAUACAACUUAUGAGUCUUUUCAGGAAACAAAUGAUUAUUUUUUGAACAUUCCAAUGAGUCUGUACGCUUUGUCAUGAAUCAAAACACAAAUUCAAAAGCUUUUACAUCAUAUGCUUUAUUAAUGGAUCAUGGCUUCCGACAAAAAGGUUUUUUUUUUUCUUGUUUUAUAUGAUGAUUUCUAUGCAAUCAAGCACAAUGGAACAAAGAUGUGCCAUGGAAUUCUUCACUUUUUAGAUGUGAUGCUCCUAUGUGGUUGUGGAUUUUGGGUGAGUGAUGUGAUAGGUCCACAUGUUAACAUGAGGAUAGCCAUAGAACUUACCUGACACCUCCUACUCCCGUAUUUUUCUUGCACUACAGCAACAUUUGCUUUGUAGAACACACACAGCUUUGUAAAGAUGCAAUACACAACCCUCUAAUGCUGUAGAAAAGCAUUAAAAUGAAAUAACAGUUUGUAUUUAUUAAAAAAAUGACAAUAAAAACUUGUAACUGAUCUUC